ACGCUCCUUCAGCAUUCAUCCAUCCAUUCAUUCAAUCAGUCAUAGCCAUGCAACGACAAUGGGAACGGAUAUUUAAAAAACCGCAAAGGCCAACAACAAAGAAAAGAGGUCACCAGGCGUAAAUUGUCAAGUUGGGGCUUAUAUCGUGCUUUCAAAUUGUUUUCUGUUAUGAAAUGGACCAGAUUAUAGCCUAAUGUCGCGUGCUGCUCUCAGUCUGCUGCUACUGGGGCGCGUGCAGAUGUGGACAUACUAGUACAGUAGCCCAUUCACCCCGCGAGCUAUUGUCCCCUCCAUCUUCUUCCACUCCAUCCCCUCGCUCGGGGCCAAACUGGCGUGUGCGUCCCUCCUCAGGUAUGUCUCUCUAUCUCUCCGGCAGAUGGGGCGGAGAACAGAAGCCAACUCUGGAGAGGGAUGUUUCCUUCCUCAGCCAGUUGUCCUGCUGGUGGAUUAACAGAGUUGUGUCAGCGGGCCAUAGGAGGGGGCUACAGCUGUCGGACCUGUGUUGCCUUGGCGAUGAGGACUCAGCCCAGAGUUUAUGCUCCGCCCUCCAGCAGCACCGGAAGACAGAGGGACAGAGUCAUAGCCAGGAGUUAGGAGAGGAGGAGGAGUCACGGGGUGGAAACACCUCCCACCCAGGUGUUCACCUGUCUGGCCCCGCCCUGCUGUGUCACCUGUGUGGGUGGCUCCGCCCCUCACUGCUCCAGGUGACCCUGCUGAGGAUGACCUCUGACCUACUGGCCCUCCUGCCCCCUCAGGCCCUCAGGUGUGGCAUUCUCUACUGUGAGAACCAGCCUGUCUUUGAUUGGUCGGGACUUACCCAUGCCCUGGCACUAUUGGCUGCUGUAGUGUGCCACGCCCUGGUCCAGCAGGUGUGUGAGCGUCACAGCAGGAUGACUGAGGUCAGAGUUCAGACAGCGCUGACUGGAGCCUUGUAUAAACAGGCCCUGUCCCAGUGCAGGAUUCCUGGGUGUCUACCCUCCCCUGCCCCAUCGUUAACUCCACUCCGGGGUGACGUUGGACGGCUAGCAGAGUUCCCAGUCUCUCUGUCUGCCCUGUGGUCUUCCUGGGUGCAGGGGACAGUGUGUGCAUGUCUGCUAUGGAGAGAGCUGGGUCCUUCUGCUCUGGCAGGACUAGCUGUAUUGAUACUGCUGGUACCUCUCACCUCUGCUGUACAACGCAGGGCAAGGCUAUUACAGAGAAGCCAGGAGAGACUGAGGGGAGAAAGAGAGCAGCUCCUGCAGGAGAUGCUGAACGGAAUCAAGACGGUGAAGUUGUUGGUCUUGGAGGCGUGGUUCCAGCGCAGAGUGGGCAUUGCCAGAGAGAAGGAGCUGGAGACGCGGAGGAUUCUGGGAUUCCUGACGGCCUUCUCCCUAUUGGACCGCGUCUGUGUGCCUUUCCUGGUGUGUGUGUCCAGUUUGGGUGUGUAUGUGCUGGUGGAUGAUGGUAAUGUUCUGACAGCGUCUCAGGUGUUCACCUGUGUUUGUCUGUUCACACUGCUACGCUCACCUUUUAACCUACUGCCCUCCCUGGCACUGCGCAUCACACAGGCCUGGCACUCCCUCUGCAAUCUGGACCACUUCCUCUUUUCACAGGAAGUCUCUCACACAGUUAACUAUGAGAAUGGCACUCCUUCAGGAAAUGGGGUCAAGAAAAGCUGUCUCGAGGAGCACUCAGAUCAGUGCAGUAAUGAGACCUUGAGAGAGACAGAAGCAAACACUGUACCUCCGCCCAAACAUGGUGUGAGCGGUGUGUGUAUUCGGCUGUACCUGGAUGUGUGUGGCUGGGGCUGGGUGUUGCUGACUGUAUUAUCCCAGGUGUGUGUUUGUGUGGUGGGUGUGUGUCAGGCCGGCCUGUUAGCUGUGUGGACCAGGGAGGCUAAAGAACUACAGGGGCUGGAGGAGUGGAGAGAACUACGAGACUCACGACUAUCUGUCUACGCUGUACUGGGGCUGCUGCAAGCUCUGUCCGUGUGCUGUGUAGCAUUAGCAGUAACUGGUGGUUCUCUGAAGGCGUCUGCCAGUCUCCACUCUGAGCUGCUCUUUGCUCGGCUCCGCCUUCCUCUCAGAUUCUACCAGACCACGCCCUCUUCUCUGGUCCUGUGCAGCCUAUCACAGGAGAUGUACGUGAUUGACGAGCUAGUCCCCGCUCACCUGCUCUCCUGGCUCUACUGUUGGCUGCAGGUGUUUGUGACAGUGCUGCUGAUUGGCUACAUCUCCCCGCUCUUCAUCCUGAUAGUUCCGGUCCUGACAUACCUCUUCCUCACCAUACAGUCAUACUACAGGUCAGUCUCAGGUCAGGUGAGGAGGAUGGUUUCAGACUCCGCCUCCUCUCUCUCAUCCCUCCUUUCUGAGUCACACAGGGAUGAGGUCACCACCGGUAGUCAUGAUGACCCCUUGACCCGUUGCUAUGGCGCCCUCAACGAGCACCUGGUUUGUCGCUACAACUGCAUUUUAUUGGACAGGUGGGUAUCAGUGUGGUUGGAUGCCUUUGCAGGACUGGUUCUGUUCCUGGUCUCUGUGGCUCUACUGGACUCUGAGGUAGACCCCAGUACUGUAGGACUGGUCCUGACUUACACCCUCAGCCUGAGAGAGGUUCUUCAUCUCCUGGUCCAGGCCAGCUGUGGUGUAGAGAGCAGCACUGGUGCCAUCCAGAAGAUGGACCAACACACACACAUGGAGAGAGAGCCCUCCUGGUAUGUGCCCUGUAGAGCGCCCCCUAGCUGGCCAGAGGAGGGAGUGGUGGAGUUCAGGAGCUAUGAGACAGAGCUUAACCCCUCACCCGCUGAAUUGUCCUUCUGCACACGGACCAGAGAGAAGGUUGGUGUGGUGAGCAGAUCAGGGGCGGAGCUGGAUGCCAUAACCAGUUCUCUGUUCCGAUUGGUGGAGGGCCGAAGGGGCGUGUUGAUGAUUGAUGGGGUGGACAUCUCCAGUGUGGGACUCCACGAUCUCCGCAGCCGGUUGGCCGUGAUACCUCGGGUUCCAACCCUGUUCUCCUGUUCACUGCGCUCCAACCUGGACCCCUGGGGUUGCCAUGGUGAUGCCCAGGUGUGGCAGGCACUGGAGAGGUGCCACCUGAAGGAAAGGGUCAGCUUGCUGCCAGGACAGCUCCACUACCCACUACACUAUGGAGGGGCCGGGUUCAGCUCCAGUGAGAGGAGGCUGCUGUGUGUGUGUCGUGCCCUGUUGAAGAGCUGUGUUGUCCUGAUAGUGGAGGACCCUGUUCCCCCUGUAGACCUCCAUACUGAGAGGCUGCUCCAGAGCAUCAUACACACACACUUCUCCCACUGCACCGGGCUGUAUCUAACACAGAACCCUGGGAACGUCACACACACUGACAGGGUGUUGGUGUUAGAUGGGGGCGUGUAGCUGAGUUUGACUGUGCCUCUGCUCUCCUCCAGAGGGGGGCACUGUUCUCCCAGCUGCUCUCUGAGACACAUAGACACCCAGACACAGAAGAGUGAAGAGUGAGGGUAGAAGUUGGUAUCAGGAACAGAUCUAGGAUCAUCUUACCCAUGAUCAUAAUGAUACUGGACUAGCUGUUUGGGUUGGCUCAGUUGUUUGAAGCAUAAUAUGAUAUGAUAUGCCAUUUAGCAGACGCUUUUAUCCAAAGCGACUUACAGUCAUGCGUGCAUACAUUUUCACGUAUGGGUG